AGAAACGGAAAACAAAGUGGAAGCAAAACCAACACCAAAAGGAACCAUCAAAAUUUCCCUUUCGAUUCUCUCCAGGUUCGCGAUCGCGAUUUCUGGAGAAUUUCGAAUCGGAUACCACCUCUCGUCGCUGAUUUAUCCACCACUUUCUUCUAAUUUUGUUCUCAGAUUCAUGGCGGUUUGAAUGCCUGGAGAUAGAGAACCCAGAUGCGCGUUCUUCAAAUCCUAAAAGGGUUCCGUUGGGCGUUUAAUUUCUUGCAAAAAUGGUGUUUUGGGAGGGAUAUGUCAGCGAUGAGUUGAUGGGCACCUUUGCCCCCAUUGUUAUAUAUUGGCUCUAUGCUGGCAUGUACCAGCUCUUGCCGCCAUUAGAUCGGUUCCGGCUUCAUACUAGGAAAGAAGAAAAGCUGAAGAAUUUGGUGCCUCUAUCAUCGGUUGUGAAAGGUGUUUUGCUUCAGCAGCUGGUUCAAGCCACCAUUGCACAACUUCUGUUCUUGGCAACUUCUGAUGCAAAUUCAUCUGGAAUCCAAGUUCAACCACCUGUCCUAGUCCAGCUCAUGCAGAUCAUCGUGGCCAUGAUUGUAAUGGAUACAUGGCAAUACUUUGUUCACCGGUACAUGCACCAGAACAAGUUCCUAUACCGUCACAUCCACUCCCAACAUCACAGGCUUGUCGUUCCUUAUGCUAUUGGAGCUCUCUACAACCACCCGUUGGAGGGACUUCUCCUUGAUACUUUUGGAGGCGCCAUAUCAUUCCUACUCGCAGGGAUGACUGCAAGGACCGCAGUUUAUUUCUUUUCCUUUGCAGUUAUCAAGACUGUUGAUGAUCACUGUGGGCUCUGGUUACCCGGGAACAUCUUCCACAUCAUCUUCCAAAACAACACCGCCUAUCAUGACAUCCACCAUCAGCUCCAGGGUGCCAAGUUCAACUACUCUCAGCCAUUCUUCUCCAUAUGGGAUAAACUUCUAGGGACCUACAUGCCGUAUAACUUGGUUAUUCGGCAAGAAGGUGGGUUUGAGGCAAGACCACUGAAACACUAGCUUCAAGCUCUCUCAUUGCUUUGUAUAAAGAGAAAAGAAAAAGGAAGCCCUUUGUGAGCUUUUUGUGCAGUCUCCUAAAUUCAAGAUUGAGGCAUUGUAACUGUUUGAGUGGUGGUUUUAAUCAACAUGAGGAUGGCUAAUUUGUAGGAUAGGCAUGAGUUGUUUGUUCUUUACCUCAUUGCUGGUAACUCUUUUUUCUGGCAUUGCUGGCAACUUAUCACACCUGCAGACGCCAUACGGAAAAAGUUUGUGUCUUGA